UUGAUGGUUCCCCUUCCUACAGCCUCCUGUCCUUUUUCCCCACUGGAUUUUCCCCCUCCUCUCUUCUCUAUCGCCUGGGCCAAGGGUUCAAGUGGACUGACAGGUGUGCAAAAGAAAAGAUAGAACGGACACUUCCUUCACACUGUUCAGACCAACUUGCAUGUGGUUCCUUGGACCAGGGGCUUGAACUCAUCUUCUUCCUGCUUCAAACUGCCCAACAACCUUGUGGAGCGGGGCAAUCAGUAUUGACCCUUCUAACUGGCAGAUCAAUUCCUGACAUUGCACUCUUCUCCCACCAUGUCAGAGCCGAUAACGCUAAAUGUUGGUGGGAAGUUGUAUACAACCUCGCUCUCCACCUUGACCAGCUUCCCAGAUUCUAUGCUGGGUGCCAUGUUCAGUGGGAAGAUGCCAACCAAGAGGGACGGCCAGGGCAACUGCUUCAUCGACAGAGAUGGGAAAGUUUUCCGCUACAUCCUCAACUUCCUGAGGACCUCUCACUUGGACCUCCCUGAGGACUUCCAAGAAAUGGGCCUCCUUCGACGAGAAGCAGAUUUCUACCAGGUCCAGCCACUGAUUGAGGCCUUGCAGGAGAAGGAGGUAGAGCUCUCCAAAGCAGAAAAGAAUGCCAUGCUCAAUAUCACCUUGGACCAAAGGACUCAGACAGUUCAUUUCACAGUGCGUGAAGCUCCCCAGAUCUACAGCUUGUCGUCUUCCAACAUGGAAGUGUUCAGCGCUCAUAUAUUUAGCACCUCCAGUUUGUUUCUGAAGCUUUUAGGCUCCAAACUCUUCUACUGUUUCAAUGGCAACCUCUCAUCAAUAUCUAGUUACCUGGAGGAUCCGUACCAUGUGACCUUAGACUGGGUUGCAAGUGUAGAAGGCCUGCCAGAAGAAGAAUACACAAGGCAGAACUUAAAGAGGUUGUGGGUACUGCCAGCUAAGAAGCAAAUUAACAGUUUCCAGAUGUUUGUGGAGGAAGUACUGAAAAUCGCCAUGAGCGAUGGCUUUUGUGUUGAUUCUUCUCACCCGCAUUCCUCGGACUUCAUGAAUAAUAAGAUUAUCCGGCUGAUUCGGUACAAGUAGACCAAGCUUCUUUGUAUUUCUCAAUGAUAGUGAGCACAUGUUAAAUUCGUGUCUUCAGGACAUGAGUUACACAUGGAGCCUACAUGAUAAAGAUGCGCUAAUCUACAUUACGGACCACUAAUUUGGAAGUUAGUUCUCCACUUGAUUGACUAACUGGUACAUGUCAAGACUGUAGGACAGGGAUGGGCAAUGAAUUGCUAUGUGGGCUAAAUGGGGGAACUGUACAACACUCCUUCAGCAGGACUCACAGAGAAACGUGGUUCUGUCUCAACUGAUUGUGCUUCUUCCAAGAAGCAUUCUUAGAAAGUAAUGGGUCCAUUCUUGCCUAGCCAUGUUGGCACCAGCAAUGAUAUCAGCACUAGGGAAAAGGGGAUGUCCACAUCCAUGGUUUUUCUUCAUCCCUAUUGUCUAUUUGAUGCUAUUGUGCCUGGCAGAGAAGAAGCAAUAAUGAAGGCAGCUAAGGUCAAGGAGGGGAAAUAUCAAGAGCUGUAAUGAAACUGUCUGUCUCUACUCUGGAAAAAUGAUUAGCAAUACUGUAUUUAAUGUUUUACACAGACAUGCAGAAUUUAAGAUUUUCUCCUUUUGUCUAAAGAUAGAAGACGACUUCUAACCUCUCCUUUUCCCUUUGGAAAAAGAUAGUUGUGCAGUCUAACCUAUCAGAAGAAAAAGCUGCGGUGAAGCUAAAAUUCUUGGGGAUGUAUGCAUUUGUGCAUGUGCUGAGCUUUAGGUGCAGAAAGGUUUCUGGAUGAAAGAGACCUUUGAGCUGAGCAGGGCAUGAUAACUGUUGGAACAGAUUUCCUCCUCACUUACAUCAUACAAGCUCUGACACAUACAUACAAAAAUAUUCAAAUCCCUCAGAGCAAUAGUUUUGCCUUUUAUGCUCUUUUUAAAAAAAUGUGAUUGACCAGUUUAUCAGAUUUAAGAGGAAUAAAGAGGCAAGCUCUAGAUAUUUGGAGCUACAACUUCAGAGCAAAAUGGGGCAAGAUCCCACAGUAGGAAGCCAGUGGUGGUUCGACAUUUUUCUGGCUGGUCACCGGAAGGAGAAAGGAAAGAACAUGAAACUGAUUAGCAACCAUGCAGAAAAUGCAGCCCAAAAGCACUAGACAACAGCAAAGUAUUUCCUCUGGGCCCUUCCAGAAUUGACAGGUAAAAGAGGAUGCUUUGCGGCUGGUACCUAGGCAUCCAGGUGGAGAAGGAGGCACAGACAUGGAAUCUGCCAGAGCAACAAAGCACUGGGCAGCAGUCAGCAUAGAUGAGCAUCCGACUGAGCUUUUGUCAGGAAGGGUGGGGUAUAAAUUGAUUUAAUAAUACUGAUUUCAGUUGGGCCAGCACAAGUUGCCAAAUGCACACUCCGCAUACAAAAUCUAGCUCACCAGCUUCAUUUAUUUAUUUAUUUAUUUAUCAUAGGCUGUAAUUCUGUGUGCUCUCACCUACGAGUAAGAAGCAUGGAACGUAGUGGGGCACAGAAUCAUAGAGUCGGAAGAGACUCAAGGGUCAUCCAGUCCAGCCCCAUUCUGCCAUGCAGAGGAUACUCAAUUAAAGCACUUAGACCAGUG